GUGGUUCUAAGCCUUCAUCAGCUGGACUUUUAGCAAAGAUGCAGAUCUGGAAAGAUCUUAAAAAGCAGUUGAAUCAUCAUCAACGUACGCUUGAAAGUUUGGAUGAAAAACUUAAUGGAACUCGAAGAAUCAAAGAUAAAUACAAUAAAAUAAAGCAAGAGUUAGAUUUGAAGACACACGAGAUUACCUUGUUAGAAGAACAGAUUAACAAAAAUAGCAACUCGCAGAUUCUUCACGUGAUCGAAAACAUUAAAGCCCAGAUAAAUGAACAAGAAAGUAUAAUUAAGAAUUCCAAUGAGAAACAUAGAGCUGCUAAAUUGGAAUGCCAGCGGAUUGAAAGAGAGAUGAACGAGUUUAAAAAUAACAGGGAUUCCAAGCUGAAAGAUAUAGAGAAAUCCGUAUCCAAAGGGAAAAACGAGUUGACAAAAAAUAAUCAGGUUGUCAUAAACAUGCAGCGUCAAGUUCAAAUAUCGCAACUAGAGAUAAAACAACUCGAAGAAGACUUAAAAAGCUCCAGUACAGAGAUCGAAAAUUCGGACUCGGUCAUUCGACAAUUGACCGAAACAGACCAGACAAUGGAUGCUGAACUAAAUCAAAUAAUGAGUCAACACUCUCGUGCUCAAGCUGAAUUGGACAAAGAGUUACAAAUCUUGUCAGCAUAUGAUGAGGAAAUCAGAGAUCUUCAAAAUGCAUUUGAAACGAAAAGUAACCAAAUAAAUGAAUCAAAGUUAAAAAUAACAACGAUCAAUCAUGAGAUCGAAAGAUUCCUUAAAGAAAAGGAAACGGCACAAGAAGUUAUUCAGAAUAUGGAAAAGGAGCACGAUUGGAUUUUGCACCAGAGACACCAUUUUGGUAAACCUAACACGACCUACGACUUUAUAAAUCAGAAUCCGAAUGAAUGCAAAAAGAUGUUAAGAAAGUUAGAAGAAAAACAUAGUAGUAUGCGUAAAAAGAUUAACGCAAAGGUUAUGAACAUGAUUGACAGUGUUGAAAAGAAGGAAGCUUCUCUAAAGCAAAUGUUGGCAACUGUACAAAAAGACAAGAAAAAAAUAGAAGAUACGAUUGUAUCUUUGGAUAAUUAUAAAAAAGACGCGUUAAACAGGACUUGGAAAAAAGUUGACGCUGAUUUUGGUGCCAUUUUUGGAGAUCUGUUGCCAAGUAGUUUCGCUACACUUAGAAUACCAGAAGGGAAAGAGUUGACUGAAGGUUUAGAAGUUAAAGUGCAACUCGGCGGUGUUUGGAAACAAAGUUUGGCGGAAUUGAGCGGUGGUCAAAGAUCACUGGUAGCCUUGUCAUUGAUCCUAUCGUUGUUACAAUUUAAACCUGCUCCAAUGUAUAUUUUGGAUGAAGUGGAUGCCGCUCUCGAUCUUUCACACACACAGAAUAUUGGUCAAUUACUUCGAACGCGAUUUAAGGGAUCUCAGUUUAUAGUCGUCUCACUCAAGGAUGGCAUGUUUAAUAAUGCCAACGUUUUAUUCCGCACCAGAUUUCGUGAUGGCACUUCGGUUGUUGAGAAAACUGCACAGAAACAAGAUCACUCCAGAGAAAAUGACCGACGAAAAAAUCAUAGGCGUUGA